AUGAAGGAAUGUGAACAUUUCACAGAAAUCAAACCCUCUUCCCCAAUAAAGUAUGGUAAAGCGACAAAUAAUUGUAACAAUGAUAAGCUACAAAAUACUUCUGACAAUAAUAAUCAAACGCAGGAACAACCAUCAAGAUUUAGGCAACGGUUUUGGCAAUUGUUUGCAAUGACAUCUUCAAAAGAUCAAGGGCACAUCCAGGAAGCAGCAGAUCGCAAUAUAAAGAAAGAUGCUGAAAACAGAAAAGUUAUUGUAAAUCCCACGAGCGGUACAUAUGAUGAAGAUGAUGAUGAGCCUUUUCAUGAUACCGAAGACUCAUUGCAAUGUCUUAUGGGAUAUGAUGGUAGCGUUCAGCAACACAACAUUCCAAUUUCCAGACAAAUUCUUCGGGAAUCUGAUUUAGAGAAUUUUAAUAUCCAACUUCAAAGUUCCAAAUUGAAUACUGGCAACUCAUAUCCCUUAUUAUUCUGUUGGAAAUACCAUGUUUAUACUAAAUCGGAAAAGCAAUAUGCUCUCAAAUCUAUCAGGAUUUCAUCUAAGCAGCAAUUAGAGGAAUUGAUACUGAUUUUUAAAAAUGGAUUUCCCAAUAACCAAAUAGAUGACAAGAUAUUUAUUUUAAUCAAAGAUGGUUAUAAAAUGAAAAACACCAACUCCAAAGUUUUUGCUUUUCAAGUAUCAGAAGGUGAUGAAUAUCUUAUAUUCAAAUCAAUGGUGCGAUUGAUUUGUGAUGACAACAUUGGAUAUUCCAGUCUCCAUAAACGUGAUUUUCUUGACAUUUUUGCAGUGAGUUUCGGAUUUCAAGCUACUUACUGUGUAUUGAAGCUUUAUUUUCACAACUCAAAGCUCGAGAUGGUUGAGAGUUUUAUCAAGCAUGUUUUGAGAAGUAGACUACCCAAGAACUGUCGAUAUAUUUGUGAAUCAGCAAAGAAAUUAUGA